GGACAGGGUAUCAAACUUCAAACAGAGUUUGGCCGAAUGAAGAUGGCAAGAGUUCAAUGUCUCUGGAAAAGGCUCAUGGUCUGCUCUGUGACCCUCCUCUGCUGUAUAUUGCUCAGGAUGUACUACCACCAGCGUUACCCGUGGAUGUGGUCUAACUUACCGCAUAGUGCCAUUCCCUCACAUCCAAUGGCCCCCUACAUUGUCCAAGAGAACGUUAAGUGCUCUGCCAAUGAUAGCACGGAGGUCAUUCCAUCACACCUUCCCCAGUCAUACCAGGAAUUCCUGCGCCACAGGCAUUGCCGGGCAUUCCCAAUCCUACAGGCCCCUUCACCUUGCGAGGAUGACCUCUAUCUCCUGUUGGCCAUCAAGUCCACAGCUGCACAAGUAGAGCGCCGUUCAGCACUGCGGGACACCUGGGGUCGUGCAGGACGAAUCCAGGGUCGACGGAUUAAGCUAGUCUUUCUAAUGGGCCGCUCACAUGACAAGGUGCAGGGUCACGACCUCCAGCCAUUACUUGAGUGGGAGAACCGCUGCUAUAGUGACAUCUUGCAGUGGGACUUUGUGGACAGCUUCUUGAAUCUGACACGGAAGGAGGUAGGAUUUCUCAGCUGGUUCUCCCGUGCAUGCAGCAGUGCACAGUUUGUGUUCAAGGGCGAUGAUGAUGUGUUUGUGAACACAGAGAAUCUGGUGGAGUUCCUGAGAGCCCACAAACCCACAAACCACAUGCUUACUGGUCACAUCCAUGGUGGCUCCGUCCCUUGGCGAGAUGAGGGCACAAAGUAUUUUGUCCCUGUCGAGAUGUACCCAGACAGGAAGCCCUAUCCACCCUUUCCAAGUGGAGGUGGGUAUAUAAUGUCACGGCAGACUGUGUUGGGCCUGGAUGUGAUGGCCCAGAAAGUGAAGCUGUUUCCCCUCGAUGACGUAUUUGUGGGCUUGUGCCUGAGGGAAAUGGGCUUGAACCCCACAUUUCACAGUGGUUUUCUGACAUUUGGUUUCAGCGCUGGCCACCAGCGCUUAGGCCCCUGUGUUUAUCAAGAAAUCAUGGUGGUGCACAAGCUGAAUCCAGUAGAGAUGCGGGUCAUUUGGUUGCUGAUGCAAGACACUCUGCCCUGUGCAUAAGAAAAAAGUAUGUUCAGAAAGGCGAACGUUCAGAAAGCGUACCACCACUUUAUACGGCUAGAUGUCAAAGAAAUCUGCAAAAUUGUGCAAAAUGUGCAGAUUGGCGUCUAUUGUCAGAAUGUGCAAAUUAGCAUUUGUCAGCGUUAAUCUCAUGUUCACUUAAAGUAACUAUCCAUAGAAUAAGCAAGUAUACACAAAUAACAUAUCCCAAAUCACCAAGCAGUAUGUAUACAUAGGCUAGAUGUCAAAACAACAGUCUGUGCAAAAUUUUGCAAAUUGGCGCCUAUCAUCACAUUGUGCAAAUUAGCGUCUAUUGUCAGGACUCAUCUCAUGUUCACUUAUAGUACAUAUCCAUAAAAUUGUGCAAACUGCAGGUAAGUGCAACAUAAAUCAGGAUACCACACCUACUCUGAUGGUGUUUUGAACAAUAUGCUACGGGAUAUGCCCAUUAAAAAAUCAUAUUAGUUUAUUAAGAAAAAGACACCGUAGAUGUGAAAGUAUCAUAUCCUAGCCCGGUAUAAAGGUCCAUGUCUUCUCACUGUCACUAUAAUGCAUAAGGAGGAUGUGAUUUCAUGUAUGACUGGUCGAAGAGAAAACAUGAGGUAAGGGUAACUGAUUGUCAGGCAUAUUAUAAAUGUGAUCCCAUGUUACGACAUGAGAAGUUAAGAAGUAGGCUGUAUCUUGAUCGGCGAAACUUAUAAUUUCUUUUUCUGUCGGUCCGAUAUAGCCUACCAUUCAAUUUGC